AGCCGCUGAGCUGCAGAGUCUGUGUUGUGUUCACUGUCAGCAUCAGCCAGAGUCUGACGGGAAAGAUCAUCAACGGUGACCAAAUUAAAUUAAGUAGAUUCAUUUUAACCCUCACACAGCGAAACUUCUUCACCGAAACCACCUUAUUUAUACCCUAACAGUUUGAAGAAGCAGCAAACAUGUUCUACACCUGUGGUCCCAACGAAGCUAUGGUGGUGUCAGGGUUCUGUCGUUCUCCUCCACUGAUGAUACCUGGAGGCCGAGUGUUCGUCAUCCCCUGUAUUCAGCAGAUACAGAGGAUUUCCCUUAACACUCUCACUCUGAAUGUGAAGAGCGAUAAAGUCUACACUCGCCAUGGUGUGCCCAUCUCUGUCACAGGUAUAGCCCAGAUGAAGAUCCAGGGUCAGAAUAAACAGAUGUUGGCCGCAGCCUGCCAGAUGUUCAUGGGAAAGUCAGAAGGAGAGAUCGCUCAGAUCGCAUUGGAGACACUGGAGGGCCACCAGCGGGCCAUCAUCGCCCACCUGACUGUUGAGGAGAUCUACAAGGACCGUAAGAAGUUCUCGGAGCAGGUUUUUAAGGUGGCUUCCUCUGACCUCGUCAACAUGGGGAUCAGUGUGGUCAGCUACACCCUCAAAGACGUUCACGACGACCAGGAUUACCUGCAUUCACUGGGAAAAGCUCGCACAGCCCAGGUUCAGAAAGACGCUCGCAUCGGAGAGGCCCAAAACAAGAGAGAUGCUGUAAUCAGGGAAGCCCAUGCAAUGCAGGAGAAAAUCUCAGCUCAGUACAAGAAUGAGAUCGAAAUGGCGAAGGCCCAGAGGGACUACGAGCUGAAGAAGGCAGCUUAUGACAUAGAGGUCAACACUAAGAAGGCUGAGUCUGAGAUGGCCUACCAGCUGCAGGUAGCGAAGACGAAGCAGCGCAUCGAGGAGGAGAGGAUGCAGGUGCAGGUGGUGGAGCGGACGCAGCAGAUCAUGCUGCAGGAGCAGGAGAUCACCCGCAGGGAGAAAGAGCUGGAGGCUAAGGUGAAGAAACCUGCGGAGGCGGCGCGGUACCGCCUGGAGAAACUGGCUGAGGCUCAGCGUCUGAAGUUGAUCAUGGAGGCAGAAGCUGAAGCCGAGUCCAUCAGGAUUAAAGGUGAAGCCGAGGCGUUUGCAGUGGAGGCCAAAGGUCGUGCUGAGGCAGAGCAGAUGGCGAAGAAAGCAGAGGCCUUCCAGGAGUAUAAGGAUGGAGCCAUGGUGGACAUGCUGCUGGAGAAACUGCCUCAGAUGGCAGAAGAGAUCAGCAAACCUCUGUGUGAAGCCAAGAAGGUUACCAUGGUGUCCAGUGGAGGCGGGGAGGUGGGCGCCGCCAAACUGUCAGGAGAGGUGCUGGAGAUCAUGACCCGCCUCCCUGAUGCCGUGGAGAAACUGACCGGAGUCAACAUAUCCCAGGUGACUUCUCGUAUAGGCUGAAGAGAACCAUUGGAAAUGGCGACCAGGCAGCUCCUCUCUCCCACUGUCUUCUCUCAUCUUCUGCCUGGACUCUCUGCUCACAGCCUCUUCCUUCCUCUUACAUCACCUGUAUCUGCCUCUGUCACCUCCAACAUCUUCUUGUGAUGUUUCUGUGUUGUGAAAACACUUCAAAUCACUUUUUCCAUUUCGUAUUGGUCACUGAUUACCAGUUCCAAGUAUUGUGCUCCUCUGGCUGCAAUUACAGUUGUUGUUUCAGAUUAUUUGUUUUUAUUUAGUCAAUAUGUCAAACUGGUCCUGCAUCAAAUUCUACAUAACAGUGGUUCCCAACCUUUACCAACUGUAACCAUCCAUACCAAAUUAUUUCUUCUCAGAGCACUUUUAAUUUUAAUGAUCAAACAUUAUCGAAACAAAUUUUAAUGUUUUUAAAGAUCAUUUUCUUUUAAAACAUUUAAAAGAUUAUUUAUAUAUUUGUUGUUGUUUUUUUUAUAAUUGCAUCUUUUCACCAAAAUUGUAUCGUUUUGCAUAUGACUUGUGGGCCUACUUGCAAUACCUUCACGGCCCACCAGUGGGCCUCGGCCCACAGAUUGGGAACCACCGCUCUAUAAAGACAAAGUGUUCAAAUUAUUCCUCCUUUUAAACUAGGGCCCAUAUUUGAUAAUAUAUAAUAUUGUGAUAUUUCCCACAAUAUGCAAUAUUUUUCAUAAUAUCUCAUUUAUUUAUUUCACUGCUUUGCUUACUGUGGUUGAGCCUUGGCAUGUGACGAAUAAAACUUUAAACUGCUGUUUAAUGGCAGCAUCACUUAAAUCUGAAACAUAAAUCACAAUAUUAUAAUUAUGUAUUAUUUAAAAAACAACUAAAACAUAAAAUACAACAAUAUGUUUAUUAUAUUUAUGAUUCUGAAAUUAAUUGAAAGAAGCAGCAAAUGUAGCUGUAGUCUCUGUGUGUCCUGUACUUUUUUAAAAUGUCCUACACAUUGUGUGUGUUUGUGUCACACUAAUCAGAAAGUCUUUGUCUUCAUCUGUCCUCACUGUGUGUGUUUACCUCUGUAUCUGCCUGUGUGCGCCGCCUUGCUGCCAAACCGUAAGUGCAUCUUAACAUGAAAGACUAACAAAAAAAACAUGCAUUCAAACCCUUCAUUUAUUAAUGCUAAUAACAUCACACAGUCUAAUGCUGAACCAAAGCCAUCACUUUUUUCUCAUUGUGUUUCUGACAGAAUCCAUUACUUUUACUUUAUGAAUGAGUUCUGGAAUAUCAUUUUGUCGAUCUGUAAGUUUUGUUUGAAGACUUACAGGUAAAAUCUAAGUUAUGACACCAUCAGUGAAUCUGUCACAUUAUUAGUUUUAUAUUUUUGAAAUCUGUCAUUGUUUUCUAUUUUAGAUAUGUGUUCUCCAUCCAUGAUGUUUACUGUAUUUCUUUUAGUGUUGUCCUGCUGAAUCAAUGUUUACUUUUCUAAAAAAAAAAAAAAUUUUUAAGGAUCCUUUGCUUAAGGCAUACCAGAAUAAUAUAAUUUGAGGUAUUAAAUACCUGUGCUGCAGCCCUAUAUCACACUUUUCUCUGUGCAUGUUCAUUUAUCUUCAGCGCUUUACUCCAUCAUUUUAGGUUCUUUCCCGAGCACUUCUGUAACAUAAUUUAUAUUUUUAUAACUUUUGCCAGAGCUCUGUAAUGGUCAGCUCAGUUUACUGGGAACCUGCUGUACGUCUAUAUAGACAUAGAGUGAAAAUGUAAAAUUGCAUGUUACAAGAGACUGAGAAAGUGGGUCUCAGGUCAGACACAGGAACAGAUCAAGGCUCAAACCGGAGCUUGAGGCUGGAUCUUCUUGUCCAGGUUCCCUUGAAGCUGCAGCCCAAUAAUAUAAUAAUAAACACUAGUUAAAUACCUUAAGUAAAGUGGUGCCUUUUGUGCUAUUAUGGCCAGUAAUGUAGCAGCUCUCAUGAAGGUGUGGCUUGUGGAAGGUAAAUGUGGUGUAAAGUAUAGCUUUAGCCUUCUGUCGUAGCAACGGGAAUACCACAGUAUAAUUAUGAGAUAAUUGUAUUGAAAUGCUGAGAUAUGUAUCAUUAUUUUAUUUUAUUUAUUUAUUUUUUUUUUUUGAAUAAAGAUGCUAAAAAAGUCAGUUAGAUUAUUAACCGUCAAAUGAUGCCAGCUUGUAUUUCAGGGAAAGUGAUAUUCAAGAUUUAAUCAGGAACAAUAGACAUUUAUUGUAUAUUAGUCACUUCUCAUCAUAGAGUUUGUGCAUUUGUCACCCAGAAUAAAUAUAAUAUAAUAGUUCCAAGUAGCCUUACAUCAUAAUUACCCUGUCACGCCGUCUCCCUCACCGUAACCUCUGGGGCUGGGUAAUAAAUCAUGUUUCAUGGAGGCACUCUUUGUUUGGACAUGUACUUGAAGGCAUCAAGAGACACUUAAACAUUCAAGAAUAUUACAGUGACUUUAAUUUAGUGUCAUUUGUAAUGAGAAAAUGAAUUGCUUGUCUGAUUUUGUUUGACUGUUUCCUCCAUGAUACCCGGCCCUGAACGCCUCACUGUUUGUUUGUGACCUCCCUUGCACUGCUGGUCGUGUUAAAGCCAAAUGUAUUUAAGUUGCUCUCUAAUUGUGAAUGUUAUUUAUGUUAAGAUAAACACUGCUGUUAUUAUACAGGCAUCGAUACCUGUCGCACUUUACCUGUCAGGAUGCUUUAUGCUACUAAGCUGUGUGGUUACCAAAGUAGGAGAUUACCUUUCGGUUCGCUAUAGAAAAGCAAAUGUAAUCUUUGUGCUUCUGUAAGUGUAAUGAUACUCUGAAAUGACACUACAUAUGGAUAUAGAUGUAUUUAUACAGUAUAUAUUUGCUAUUUGAUACAGUAUCAGCACUGUCACCGAUAACAAUUCUAACUCGUACUAACAGAUGUCACAGUGUGUCAUUAUAAAUGUAUUUAAGUUUAGUCGAGUUUUCUGCAUUGUUGCACUUCAGGAAAUUUGUAUUUUUAGGAAAAUGUUAUUCUAAAGUCAUGUACACUGUAUAGCUGUCAUUAAAUUGCAAAAGGAAAAUCA